CGGGCUCUCGCAGGCGUGUGCUGUGGUUUGCACGCGAUGCUACAGCAGGUUGCUGACAGCCGAAGAUUCAGACUUAAUUGACCGUAGUUAUUCCUGGAGGCUUCUAACGCAUCUGGGUUUUAGUUCUCCAACGCGAACUCUGGGUGAUACUCCUCAUUAGUCAAGAUGUCUUCAACACCCGAGCCUCCAGCAGUUAAGAAGGAACCCACGAAAGAGAGGAACUUUGAAAGCCCAGGCCUCCGAGGGACGCAGACAACAACCUUAUUUCGAGCUGUGAAUCCGGAGCUCUUCAUUAAACCUAACAAGCCUGUAAUGGCUUUUGGACUGGUAGCCCUUUCACUUUGUGUGGCUUAUAUUGGUUAUCUGCAUGCAACACAAGAGAACAAGAAGGACCUCUAUGAAGCUAUUGACAGCGAAGGACAUCAUUACAUGAGGAGAAAAACAUCUAAAUGGGAUUAAAGUGUUGGUUCCCUCAGGUGGAGUGUUAUUAUGGGCUCUGAAAUCUUCAAAUGAAAGACUUUCUGAGAGUGUG